AUGACUAGCGAAACUUUGCCAAGUUCAACAGAUGAUCAUACAGACAAUGUUAAUGCUUCCCAACUCAAAGUGCUUUUAUUAAAUUACCUAAGAAAUGGAAAUAUAUCUGAAAUUCCUGAUGCUAAGAAUAUUCCAAAGCUAAAUCUAUAUCAUAUUUGCAAAGGAGAAAUUCUAACACACCCACCCCAAGCAUUCACAAUAUUAUCUUGUGAUCAUAUAUUCCACCAAACCUGCCUUGAAAAAUAUAUUAUACGCACAAAAUCACGAAGCCCCAAAUGCCCAGUUUGCCCCGAAUUUAUUGAAACAAUUAGAGAAGAAUUUGCACAUGCUUCUGGUGAAUUCCAUCUAGUAUGCAAAGACUAUGACUCUGUAAACAAAGCAUCACAGGUAAGUACAGAUACUAUAGAGAAUGAUUAUAAUGCUUUGAAGUAUAUAAGGGAAUUGGGGUUAGUUGAGGAUGAUAGACCUAUUGCAGGUCAAGAGAAACAGGUAGAUAAACCUUCCAUGCAAGACCAGGCGAGAAGCUCUAUUACAGAUGAAAGAAAUACUAUUGUCACUUCACAAGUUCGGUCAGAAGGUCAAACCUCUCCAGAUGAAAACACUGAAAGUCACACACAAACCCAAUUAAGACAAUUGUCUCCAAAAAUUUCCUGUGAGCAGGAUACAUUGCAAGGUUUGUUGAAGGAAUUAUCUACGCCCAUUAAGGGGGAGUCUGCCGAAAUUAAUGAUGAUUUUGUAAAAGGUUCUGAGAAUUCUAUAUCAAAAAAUUUAGUUCGUUUAUACCAAAAAGCAUGUAGCGCAGAAACAC